CUCUUUCACAGACCUCCCUCUCUCUCUCUUCGCGAACCUCUCUCCUAUUCUCUCUCUCUUCAAGAACCUCCCUCUGUCUCUCUUCGUGUACCUCCCUGUCUCAAUGUUCAGCAGUAGCGAUGGAUGUGAUGCAACGGUAGCGAUGGAUGCGAAGGCAGCGAUGCAACAGCCAUUGAAUCCCCUGGGCUUGGGCAUCGCCUCUCUCUCUGUAUCAGCCAUUGAAGCCCUCUCAGCCCCAAACAUAGGGAUGAAUACCUCUCUCUGUAACUGCAGCAGCGUAUCCCUCUCUCUCUGUCUAUAUGCAGCCAUUGAAGCCUCUGAGCUUGGACAUCUCUCUCUUUUUAGUAACUAUUGCCCUUUCAUCCCACACCAUUAACAACUAUUGAAGUCCUCUCGCUCACUCAAAAAAACCUUGGCUGGCCUCUCAACCGUAGCCCACCCCAUCUCUAAGGGUACUCUCUCUCUCUGUCUCUCUCUUUGUAUUUGACUCAGUCAAAUACAAUCUAUUGUCUACAAUUUCCAUCGAUUUGGGGUUUAUUGGGGUUUUUAGACAAAACCAUGAGGACCACAGGCAUCUCUGUAUUGGAUGAGAUACAAAUGCGUCAGAUGCUUUCGCAUCUCUGUUUUGGAAGAGAUAGUUUCUCGUUUGGAUCUGUGUUUCCUGUGAACAAUAGAGAGGGAGAGUGGUUGCAGUUGUUUUUUGGGGUUGAUGUGGGUUUCUGGACUGUUCUUCCUAAGAUUGAAUGCGAAAUCGAAAAAUUGGAUCAUAUAGAUUAGAGAGAGAAAUAGUGAAUUCAUCGAAGCUUCAUGUUAUAUAUUUUGGAAUGUGGGUUUUUUGUUUGUUUGCUUGAAACAUUUUAUCUGAUAUGAUAUAAGAUUAAUUCAUUAGAUUUGGGAGAGAGUUUUUUGUUGUAUUAUGAUAAUUUGGUGAAAUGUUGAUAAUUCCUCAUUUACAUGUUUAAGAAAAAAUUAGGUCCAUUACACACGAGCAGCAGAUAUUAUUACAGCACACCAUGCCACUUAUUUAGUGUUAAAACAAAUAAAAAAGAAUGCCAAAUUGGUUUUCUACACAAUUUUGCAAGAACCCAGGUACUCUCGCAUAAUUUUUUUUUUUCAUUGGAUAAAUUAUUUUACUCAUUGAUUGCUGAGUAAGUUAUCUAUCAUUUGAUAUAUGACAAGAUAAAUCUCAAGGCAAAAAAAAAUACUUUGGUUCAAAUAGGUACACAGACAUAAAACUGAAACAGUUGAGGGUUGGACCCAAAUGUCAGAUCCUGGACUGUGAUCUUGCAAAAUUUAGCCAAAGAUAAGGCUUGGAGAAAUGACCCAAAAAAAGUGACUUUUGUUCAAAUGGGUCUGCUGCCUGUGAAACUAAAACAGUUCUCUGCUGAGGGUUGAACCUCCCCCCCCCCCAAAAUAUGGGAUCCUGGACUAUGAUCUUGCAAAAUUUAACCAAAUUUGUAGUGUUUCUGGUUUGGAUACAAUGUUCGGGAAGCAUUGCCCAUAAUGUUUCUUAUAAUAAAUAAAACAACUUGAAAGAAGCAUUUUAUUGCUAGUGUAGGUACAACACAACACACUCCAAUCCUAGAAGUGACCCAUCUUAGUAUUGUUCUUGUACAUGCAAGCUUAAUUUUGGGGUAAGCUAAAUAUUUUUGGUAGAAUUUAAAACCUUCUUACAAAGCGAGUAUGAUGGCGCAUGUGCUUCCCCAUGAGAUCCAAAACUCUUCUUGCACAUGCAUGCUUAACUUUACAAUUUCAGAGAAAGAGAGGCCUUUUGGUUGAUGAAUACUGAAAAUUACUCAUACUAAUGUUUAACCACUUUUCAUGUUGCUGAUUGAUUACAUUCUAGGCAAGAUGAGCUAUGUUGUGGGUUUCGAAAACCACAACCCAAAACGUGUGCACCAUAGAGUAGCUUCAAUCCCUAAGAACAAGAUCAAGUACUCCCGCAAGAGUGGGUGGAAAUGGGGAGGGACAUGCCCAAGCCUAACCCAAACACACUUGUGGGGGCAAUGGUGGCAAGACCUGACAAGCACGAUGGUUUCAAAGAUGUAAGAGGAAACUACAAUUACACCGAGCCCACUCUCGCUGGCAAUGCUGCUUUGGUUGCUCUCUCUGGUAUUCUUUAAGGAUGUUGCUAGUUGUGAUGAAGCAAAGCAGGAGAUUAUGGAGUUUGUGCAUUUUUUGAAGAAUCCAAAGAAAUAUGAGGAAAUAGGUGCUAAAAUUCUAAAAGGUGCCCUUCUUGUUGGACCUCCUGGUGCUGGUAAGACUCUUCUUGCAAAAGCUACUGCUGGUGAAUUUGGUGUGCCAUUUCUAUCAAUUUCUGGUUCAGAAUUUGUGGAAAUGUUUGUUGGUGUUGGAGCUUCAAGAGUGAGGAAAUUAUUUCAAGAAGCUAGGAAAUGUGAACCUAGCAUUAUUAUUGAUGAAAUUGAUUCUAUUGGUGGAGCAAGAGGACAUGGGAAAUUCACUGGUGGAAAUAGUGAACAUGAAACCACUCUCAAUCAGUUACUUGUGGAAAUGGAUGGGUUUGGUACAACUUCAGGAGUAGUUGUACUUGCAGCCACUAACAGGCCAGAUAUUCUAAACAAGGCUCUUUUGAGGCCAGGUCGAUUUGAUCGACAUAUCGAAAUUGACAAACGUGAUAUCAAAGGUCGUGACCAGAUCUUUCAAAUCUAUCUGAAGAAAAUAAAGCUUGAUAACAGUCCAACAUACCUUUCUCAGAGAUUGGCAGCUCUUACUCUUGGAUUUGCUGGAGCUGGCAUAGCAAAAGUUUGUAAUGAAGCUGCAGUGAUAGCUAUCAAAAAUGAUAGGACGCAUGUCACCAUGGAACAUUUUGAAGCUGCUAUAGAUAGGAUCAUUGGUGGUCUAGAAAAGAAAAAUAGGGUAAUGAGAAAGUUGGAACGCCGGACUGUUGCAUAUCAUGAAGCUGGCCAUGCAGUUGCAGGAUGGUUCUUGGAGUAUGCAGAGCCUUUGUUUAAAGUCACAAUUGUGCGGCGAGGCACUGCGGCCCUGGGCUUUGCACAGUAUAUACCCAAUGAAAACCUCCUUAUGACCAAGGAGCAGCUCUUCGACAUAACAUGCAUGACCCUUGGUGGCCGUGCUUCUGAACAGAUUUUGUUGGGGAAGAUCUCGACUGGGGCUCAGGAUGACUUGGAGAAGGAGACAAAGAUGACAUAUGCCCAAGUCGCAGUUUAUGGUUUCAGUGAGAAGGUGGGGCUCCUCUCCUUCCCCCAAAAGGACGAGGGGUAUGAGAGGACCAAGCCUUAUAGCAAUAGGACUGAGGAGAUCAUAGACAAGGAAGUGAGAGAUUGGAUAACCAAAGCAUACGACCGAACAUUGGAACUCAUUGAGGAAAAACGAGGGCAAGUAGUGAAGAUCGCAGAGCUAUUACUCCAAAAAGAGGUUUUGCACAAACAUGACUUAUUGAAAAUGCUUGGUGAACGCCCCUUCAUGUCAAGCGAACCAACCAACUAUGACCCCUUUACAAAGGGAUUUCAGGACGAGCAGCAACCAGGAUGAUACGACAUCUCUUGACGGUGUCGUGGUCCCUAUAUACAAACUCUAAAUGAUGAUAUAUAUGUGUUAGUCUCUCCCCAAAUAUAGCUGAAAUUGUACAGAUUUUUUUCAUUUCAUAGAAUUGUGGUUCCGAUUUCAUAUUGUAGUGACUUCAUUCCAUAGAAUUGUGGUUCUGAUUCCGAUUUCAUAUUGUAGUGACAGGUAACGGUAUCUUUGUGUGGAUCCGGGAGUCUCAAGAGGCUUGAAUUAAUCAUUUUUUUGUUUCUUUUUCCUUUUAAGAGACAAUUGCAGUCUUCCAAUGUUUUCCUUGAUGUAUGUUGGAUGAAUGUGGCUAUCAAAGGUUUUAUUAGUGCUUGUAAUGAAACAUUUGAUAUAAUUGAA